AUGGAAUCAAAUUCCACCAAAGCAGAAGUCAAAGCGAAUUCCCAAGAAAUAAUAGUAAAGGAUUCGCCUUGUUUCAACAAGGUAUCUUGCUUAAUAAAGGAAGAGUACAAACUGAAUGAGGAUCCAAAAGAUGAAAUGUUGAGUACGAGUUGUCCAGGUGGCACAGUGAAACCAGCGCACAUUAGGAAAGCAAUAACCGAAUUCCUUGGUGAGAAGUCCACAAAUGGACACAAAAAAAGUACCAAGAGAGACAUCACCAUCAGUGGGUGUGGGCAUCGAUUAUUGAGCUUUCCCGCAAAUCUCCAGCUGAUGAAUGGAACUUCCGAGGUGAAAGAUAACUUAGUAAUAGAGAUUCGAGGGGGAAGAAAUGCAUUAGUAAUCGACGAAGGGGAUCAAGAUCAGGGAGGUUAUGACUUUAUUUGGCACAAUCGAAAAUCUUCAUUUUUCCGUCUUAUUCAGCUUCACACGGGUGAGGUGAUAAUGCAAUUAAAGCAAGCGGGUGAUUAUGCAAUUGGUGAUAUCGAUGAUUUGAGGUAA